GGAUACUUUUGUAACAUGAACUGAGAAAAAGUAGAAUAUAAAUUCGAAGAUCUCAGAGAACCUAGAGGUCAUCAUGGGAAAUUCUACUAGUAUAACCGCAGUAGAUCAUACAGAUCAAAAUAUAUAUGUUGGUUCCUCAGUUGAUCCCCCGACUUCCCAGAACUUAGUCAUUAGUCAUGAAUUGAGAAGUGCUAUCAAGAAUUCCUCUAUAGUAUCAUUAGAAGAAGGAUCAGUGUCAAAAGAGAAGACCAUUGAAAUGAGCAAAUCAUUUGAUACCUCUCUUAACUCUCAUGAAAAGAAUGAGAUUUAUUUGGAUACCAUGCUGCAAAGAAACACGGAAGAGAGGACGACCAUGUCGCCUUAUAAAGAUGUCUCUCAAAAUAUCGAAAGCUUGAAAAAGAAAGAGGAUUCAUUGUCUUUUCACACUGUCUGCAAAGAGAGUCACACUGAUUGUGUAUCAAUUGCUUUUACAAGUAAUGAUUCAUUGUUUUGUGCUUCCGUCGAAUCAACUUUACAAAAAGGCGAACAUGAUGUUGAAAAUCAUCUCGAAUGUUCUUGCUGUAAAGCUAAAAGUACAAGUUGCAUUGAAGAAAAUAUACCAAUCAACAAACAAAGUAAAAUUGCCAUAUUACAAAUGGUCCAACGGUGUAAUGAAUCGUUAGAAAGUCUGGAAAAAGACCACAAAGUAUUAUUUAAUGUUAUGAACUCCCGUUCAAUCUCUCAAAGUGAGUUAAAAGAAAGAGGACUCAAAAUAAUGACAGAGCUAGAAAACAUUCUAAAAAAUCACAUGGCAAAGAUGAAGGAAAAUGAUGACGUAAUCCCAAAACUUCAAACCAUUUUAAGCAACCUCAAUAAAAAAGUCGAACUGUUGGAAAAGAAAAUUCAGGUUUUAGAAUUUGAAAAAGCAAAAACACAGAAAACUGCCAUGCAAGAAUCAAAUAUAUUGGUUCAUCAAAAUGAAGAAGCUCCAACCACCCUCAACCUUAUUCCUUUAAAACCUAUUUUGAAACCAGCCACUGAAGAGAAAAGCUUUUCAUUGCAAAACAUUGAGGUCGAUCUAGCAUCAAAAACAAUAGAGCAGGGAAACGAGGACGUGGCUCUUUGUGAUUCUGAAAGGGCUCCAGACAAUUGCGAGAAUUUGACGCAAAUGGAGAUAUUACCUGUUGGAUACUGGGUUGGUAAAGCCAAUGAAAUUUUAGCAACGAUUGCCUUAGAAGGACCUGUAGAUAAUGUUUGUGGUCAAUGCAAUGUUCUCUGUCUGGAUACAUCAGACAGUAUGGCAGGGGAAGCAUUCCAGACGAUGAUUAAUCUAUCUCUUAGAUUUUUAUCAGUUUUAGAAUAUUCGUCGUCAAGCCAGAAGGUUGGACUGGUUUGUUUCGGAGGGAACACCGCAGUUAUAAGUCGCUGUUGUAUGAAUUACACAAAACUGAAAGAAGAAAUAAAAACUUUAAGACCAGGGGGCCCAAGCCCUUUAACAGCUGGGAUUCUGCUAUCACAUAGUGUUGCAUCUAGUGGAGUGACGAUCCCAACACUCCAGGGAGUCAGCUUUUUCCCUCGCAUAAUUGUCCUAACAGACGGAGUAGCUACUCUAGAUAGAGUAACCGGAUGUGCAGAUUUUACUCCAGAUAGAAAGGAGCGUUUAAUGAUUUGUUCAGAUAUGAAUGGGCUAGCUGAAAUGAUAAGACAGUCAUCUCAUCGAAUUUAUUGUGUUCCACUUGGGAAGGCGGAUGAGUCCAUCAUAGAGCCAUUAGUAAGAAGAACACAUGGAAAAAUUGUUAGACCGGCAAACUUUGACAAACUUAUUUACCAAUUUGAGGGAGAGCUUUUAGCCACGAAACUUCGACCAUACUUUUCUAACUUCCGGCACGUGGAGCCUGACAUGGUGAUGGCGGCAGUACAAUCAUUUGACUUAUCAUUGAGAGGAGUAGACUUGGAGGACCUUGUCGAGUAUAUACAUAACCCCCCUCCCCAAAAGGAAGAUGACAGUGAUGACGAAGAUGUUUGGGAAGAUGUAAGUGAUGACGAAGAUGUUCGGGAAGAUGACAGUGAUGACGAAGAUGACAACGAUGACUACAUAGAGACUGACAUCAAUAUGCCGCCUAUAGGCACCAGAGUUAGGAGAGGUCCAGACUGGCAAUCAAACUUUGAUGAACAAGAUUCUCGUGGUCCAGGGACAGUUGUUAGUCAUGAUCGUAGAGGUUUUAUAUCCAUAAUCUGGGACAAUGGUCAUCAAUGUCAGUAUCCUUAUGGAAUCCAGGGUCGAUUUGCAGUAAUUGUUGUUGACGAACCCAGAAUUCUUCAGCGUGAUCAAUUGAUCGAGGUCGGAUGUCUCGUUAAAAGAGGUAAUAAUUGGAGAGAUAAUGACAAUGAUGGUGGUCCAGAAAACAUUGGAGUCGUGUUUAGAGUGCACUCGGAUGCAACAGUUAGUGUACGGUGGCCGACUGGACAACGAAGGAGAUACAAAUAUGGAAAACAGGGAUACUUUGAAGUAGAACUUUGUGAUCCUUUGGACGAAAAUGUACAAUUAAGGAUCUUAAGCGGUAACACAGGACGGGUGCAUACUCGAGGAAACCAAACACCAUCGUGAAUCAUCUUUAAUUAAGUGGUGCUGACAGUAAACAAACUUCAUGACUGAAUCAGGGUUUAAUCACAAGGGAUCUGUUCUACUUUUUCAUGGAAAAAUCCAAGUAUUGUUUAAAAAUUUGCAGUUGCAUUGACGCUGACCUAAGAAGUUUUAUAUAUGAAAUGUUCUAUCAAUCAAUUUUGAUAUUUUUGUUCAAAAUACUUUUGCAGAUUAUAGAAGAUAUUGUUUAUACAUGUUUAAGAAUGAUUUAGUUCUUCACAUUUCAAUUCAUGUUUCAUAAACUAAUUCUAUUUACAAAAAUCAGUGUUAAGUUGAAUUUUCAAUUUUGAAGUUACCAUAUUUUUGUUUUUAAAUUAAAAAACAAUUGUUUGAUAUUACUUUAUAAUAUAACUUUAGUGAAUAACUAGUGUUAUUUGUACUUUGAAAAUGAAAUAUUGAUAGUGUUGUCCUUCUUUUAAAAACGAAUUACAAUCGGUUCAUUUGCCAGUCAAAGUGCAUUGAAUAAACUACAUACACGUCGAAUUGUUUAUAUAUUGUCAAACUUUCUUACCGAGGAAGGGUCUAAAUAUUUCUACCCUACAUAUUUUGAUCAAAUUUUUUGUAUCUAGUUUUACUUCUAUAUUUAUAAUUAUUUUAGGAUAAAAAUUUUACCACCCUGAUUUCCUUGAGGAUUGUCUCAAAAGUUGAUAUUUUCUACUAUAAGAACCUUUGAAAAUUUGUUGAAAAUUAGCUAAAUGUUCCAUUUUCCCAAUAUUUUCUGUGCUAGAAUGUCUUUUUCUUUCAAAUAUAUGACAAUAAUUGUAAAAAGUCACUUUUGCUUAAAUGCUUAAAUUUUAAAAAGUGUUUACCACGUGGUUUUGUACAGGGUUUAUUCCAAAAAAAAAUUUCCCAUCAUUUAGCGA